AUGGAGGGAGAUGCUAACACAAAGUUCUUGCACACCCCCGCUCCCAACAUGAGAAGAAGGAACAUGUUUCUGGGACUCCAAAAUGAGGCAGGGGAUUGGAUAGAUGACCAUAAGGGAAUUGAAGAUAUCAUAUUCCAGUUCUACUCAUUCAUAUUCAACACUAACCAUCAAUCUUCUACCAAGGGUAGGGAUACUACCGUUUAUGACUCUCACACCCUUUCACAUAGGGAACAGAACAUUUUUAGUGCUCCCCUAAGGAAUAGUGAAAUAAAGAUUGUUUUAUUCUCAUUCAAACCUUCCAAAGUCCUUGGGCUUGAUGCCCUACACCCAAUAUUCUACCAAAAGUACUGGAAUAUCCUUGAGGGUAAGAAAACAUGCUUUUGUAAGCAGGUCUUCCACACCCUUGAAAUGAACCUUGAGGUUAACACUACCCAUAUGUGCCUAAUCUCUAAAUGUGCAAAUGCUAUUGUGCUGAAGAACUUCAAACCUAUUGGCCUAUAUACAAUGUACAAAUUGAUCACUAAAAUCAUUGUUAACAGAGUUAAGCCUAUACUUCCCUCUAUCAUAAGCCCUAGCCAAGCUAGCUUCCUGUCUAACAGGAGGGCCUGUGAUAAUGCUAUUAUUGUGCAAGAAUACAUUAGUCACUUUAAGAAAAUAAAAGGCAGAAAUGCCAACAAGAUCCUAAAGAUUGACCUGGAGAAGGCAUUUGAUAGGUUAGAAUUGUCCUUCAUCAGGGACACACUGCUUUUCUUUGGUUUCCCUAGCAACACCACAAAGCUGAUUAUGUCCUCCAUUUUCACCAGUUCUAUCUUUGUGCUUGUCAAUAGGAGCAGGACUGAGUAUUUUAAGCCUAGUAGGGGCAUCAGACAAGGAGACUCUAUCUUCCUACAUCUUCAUCAUUUUUUAUGGAGAGACUACCCGGAAGCAUUGAUGCAAAAAUGCAUAAUGGGAAUUGGUUCCCCAACCAAUUUCAGUCAAACAGGGCUAAAAAUCUCCCAUCUCUUCUUUACAGAUGACCUCACUCUCUUUGCUAGAGCAUACACCAAGAACUGCAAUACCAUAAUAGAAACUCUCUGGGAGCAUAAAUGUAAGUCUAGCCAAAAGGUAAAUAAUAUCAUGUCCAAAGUUAUCUUCUCCACAAACUGCCAGCAAGAGGAAGUUAGACUAGCCAGGAUAUUGACCAUUAAACCCAGUCUCUCUUUUGGUAAGUACAUAGCCUUUCCCGUCUUCCACAAAAGACCCACCAAUAGAGACUAUCAGUUUAUCAUUGAUAGUAUGCAGUCUAAGCUGGCAGGCUGGAAAACCCAUUUCCUGAAUAUGGCUGGGAGAACUAUACUAGCUAAAUCCUCUCUUGGGUGCAUCUCUAGCCAUGUCAUGCAAUACAUUAAGCUCCCAGCUCAGGUGUCCAACCAAAUUAACAUAAUUCAGAGGAAUAUCAUUCGGGGUAUCAUUGCAGCUAAAAGGAAAAUGCACCUAGUUGGAUGGAAAACUAUGACAAAGCCUCGGGAUGAGGGUGGUUUGGGAGUUCAAACAGCUGAAAACAGAAACAUUGCCACCCACACUGGCCUGGCCUGA